CUUUCCACGCACGCCAUCUAAAUUUAGUAUGAAAACACCUGGAGAAAUUCAAGUACAACACUUUAUACGCAUUCCUAGCAAUUCAGCAGGGAGAAGAUUAUGCUCUGUGAGGAUGAAGUUCGGCGAGGCUUAUUCCGAAUAUUUGGAUGCGGAGGAUGAUCGUUUUCUUCAGAAAUGCCGCCAUCUUGAGUACAAAGAAUUAAAAAAUGUUCUGAAGAAGUGCAGCCAUGCCGGUGAAGCUCCUGAUCAUGUCGACAAUGAAAUAUGUCCUGUUUGUGGCCAGAACUUCUUCUCCGAACUCUCAAGUGAAAUAUCAGAUAUAGCUGACUGCUUCAGUUCACGAGCCCGACAUAUAUUACAUUUGCAUCUUGCCUCAGCUUUUCACAAAUAUUUACGGCGUGUCAGUCACUGCUUUGGUGAUGACUAUUUGGCAAUGAUUCAAGAAGGUCAGAACCUAAUUAAUUAUGUUGCAAUGAAUUCCAUCGCUGUUCACAAAAUUUUGAAGAAAUAUGACAAAGUGCACUGCUCUGAAAACGGGCAGAACUUCAGGAGAAUUCUGCAGGCAAAACACCUCGAGUUAUUGCAGUCACCAUGGCUGAUUGAAUUGAGUGCCUUCCAGCUCAAUACGAAAGACACAAAGCAUGGUGCUUUCAGUGAAGAGAUUUGUAAAUGCUCGUGUGAUUUCAGUGGAAGUGAACCUAUUAUUAUGUGCACAUUAUCUGAAAUUGUAAAGGUGGAAUUUAGCUUGACAUGUUCAGUUUGUUUGGACAUCGUGUUUGAACCUGUAGCUUUGGGAUGUGGGCAUCUUUUCUGCAAUAGUUGUGCUUGCAAUGCUGCUUCUGUCCCUUUAAUUGAAGGAGUCAAGAAUGCAAAAUCUCAAGCAAGGUGUCCCUUAUGUAGACAGAGUGGUGUCUAUGCAGAUUCAGUACAUCUGGCAGAAAUGAAUUUGCUUGUAAAGAAAAGGUGCAAAAAAUAUUGGAAGGAAAGGUUUUAUGUGGAUCGGGCGGAGAGGAUGAAGGAAGCAAAAGAUUACUGGGAUGUGCAGAGGAACUUUGUUCUGGGAUUUAUCUAGAUUCUAGAUCUAUUUAUAACAGUAUCUAAGAUAGAACAAUUCUUUUAUUCAUGUCAUAAUAAUAAAAAACUUUAUGUCAGGAUUUCUGAGGCAUGUUUACAUAUAAGUUUCAUUGGUGCUUAAUAACUUUUCUGUUGUAGCCCACAGGUGUUCUUACCUGACAGUGACACUGUUUCAUGGUAUGAUAUCUCACUCUUGUAUUGAAUUGGUAUUUAUCAUUCAAUACAAAUUUUGUUCCUAGAGA